AUGCCCAUGCGAAGCGACUCGAGAACAUGCCCCUAUGCUGGUCGUAACAUCAUCAUCGACGUCAAUAUCCAGUGGGACUAUCCCAAGUCUCCGCCUGGCAUCAACAUCACCUCGGCCAUCCUCCAUCCACACCUCAGCAAGGAAGUGAGCGCCCUUGGCUGUAACGCCAAGGCUCGCUGGCACGACAAGCUGGAUGUCGUGCGAGCACUGCAAGCCGUCCACUACCUCCUCGACUGCCCCAUUCUCCGCAACAACAAUGCUUGCGGCGAAUUCAUGUGCACUCAGCAGCGCCCGAGUACCCAGCAGGCGCGCAGCUACUUUCCAGAUAACAUCCUUGAGUUUGUGCGCAAGGCUGCAGAGUUUGGGGUCGACCUCAAAAACCCUGCCGAAGUGGCGGCCAAGGACGCUGUUUUGGCCCGUGCUGACGUAUGCGACCGUCGAACUCGCACUGUGGACGUCAAGAAUACGAUGACGGCGCGUAGCACUGAUACGCCGGACAUUUUAAAGCACUAUGUCUCUGACAUCAGUCUCGCCAACGCUCCGCCUGUGGCCAAAACCAUGCAGAUUAAGUGCACCUGCCAGCGAGAACUGCGCGAUCACUUGCCUUUGUGGAUGCAACAGAUUUCAGAUGGCGAUGCUCUCGUAAUGGCCAGUCGUGACCGUUGCUCUUGCUCACUCUUCAACCUCGAGGCCUCCCUGUACACUAUCAAGGGCAUCCUUAUUCUUGACAAUGACGGCAACCGCGUCCUUUGCAACGUAUGCUGCCGUUGGCUCUGUUUGUCGGUGUGCUGCGCCCCGGCAUGCGCUCAUGCACCCUUGUGCCCGCAGUACUAUGAUGACGCGCUACCCACCGUGAAGGAGCAACGUGCCUUUGAGAAGAAGCUCUUCCAAAAAACCGCAAAGGCCAAUGCCGAGAUCAUUAUGUUUGACGGUAUUACCUGCGUUUACCGCAGCAACAUUGACCUUUUCUUUUACGUGUUUGGUGCUGCCAGUGAGAAUGAGCUGCUGCUAGCCACCGUCCUUGGCGCCUACUAUGAAGCUAUCAGUCUGAUCGUCAAUCGCGACACCCUGGAGAAGGCAUCUCUUCUCGAGCAGAUGGAUACAGUCCUCCUCAUCACGGACGAACUGGUCGACAAGGGCAUCGUGCUCAACACGGACGCCGAGUCACUCGCGCGGAUUGCAACCACGACCAAGUCAGCUGCGUCCAGCUCAUCUGGCGAAAAGGGCCUCUCUUCGGCUUUGAACAAGGCAUCUGGCCUUAUUCGCAAGCAUCUACUGCAGUAACUUGCAUGGAUAUCCAAGUCAGGCCACUACUCUCCGACAGCCCUUGUCCAUGCCACCACGUCCUCACCCGGUAAAACGGGUAGCCCACCAGAUGUAUUUGUGUGCGUGUCUGAGCCAGAAGAAUCUUUGUUGUACUCCCCACGUAUCUGCAUGCAGAUGUGCCGUUUUGUUUGUCGCUUGGGUUAUUGCCCACGGUGUUAGCGUGCCCAGUCUACUAUGAAUUACC